UUUUAUAGCUCAAACAUGGUCUCAGCCGUUCGUCUAGUACUCAUUUUGGUUGCUGUUGUUGCUUUGAUGACAGCCAACGCCAAUGCUAACAAUUCCCGGCCACCACGCAACAAUGACAUAUCGAAUAUGGCUGAUGCAAUGAAAUAUUUGCAAGAUUUGGAUACCUAUUAUGGAGAUAGGGCACGAGUUAGGUUCGGCAAGAGAAUGCCUUUGAUUCAAAUGUUGAGAAAUCAUUUUACCAAUGAUGGUGAAAUGAUGGGCCAUCCCUUGGAUAUGUCUAAUGUUGAGGAACCUUUUUAA